UAUAUUUUGUGUAAAUAUACACACACAAAGGUAUUUUUAUUACUAUGCCGUACAAAAUUCAACCCUUUUUCUCUCUCACUUCUUAAGUCGCGUCGGGUCGAAAUACGUCUCUUCUUGCUUAUCGACGUGGUGCACAAAUCCUGACCAAAUCAAGGGAAAAUUGAAGCUGAAUCUUGAGACAGAUUGAGGGGUAUAUGAUCAGGCCUCACUUCUCCAAACUCUGGAGUUGUCGCAUUUUGUUAUGAAACAUAUUUUAGCAAAAAGGGGACAGGAUAAAAAUGAAUUUACAGACUCAAAUGGCAGGACAAUUCUCAAGGCAAGUUUCCAAUCAAACUGGAACUUCAUUGCCUCCAAUACAACACCAACAGAAUAUGAUGCAGAACUCUGAAGGUUCCCAUGCUUCACUAAUCAUGGAGCCUGGUUUUGAUAAAGCUCGAAGAUUCAUACAAGAUAGAAUCUAUGAGUUCCUAAUGCAAAGGCAACAAACUCGGGAGAUAGCUCCAAAGAAUGUUCUUGAUAUUGUUAGACGAUUGGAGGAAGGCUUAUUCAAAACUGCUACAACAAAGGAGGAAUAUAUGAGUUUAGAUACACUGGAGACUCGUUUACAUAACCUGAUAAGACGCCCCACACAACGAUUUCAGCAACAAAAUAAUGCUUCUGGAAUGGGAACAAUGAUUCCAACUCCUGGUGUCCCUCAAAGUGGGAAUAUGAUUCCAUCAUCUGCUGAUGUCAUGGUGUCAUCAUCAGCUGUAAAUCCAGGAAGCUUUUCCAUGAACAGCCAAAUGAUGCCUACUCCUGGAUUUAAUAAUACUAAUAAUAACACCACAAAUAAUGUUUCUAUGCUUUCAAAUGUUGACUCAACAAUGGUGAGUCAACCACAGCAGCAAAAGCAACAAGUUGGUGGUCAAAACAGUCGGAUCUUGCAUAGUUUAGGGAGUCAUAUGGGAGGGGGAAUCAGGUCUACAUUGAAUCAAAAAACCUACGGGUUUCAAAACGGGUCAUUAAACAGUAACAAUCUAGGGAUGAUGGGUAAAAGUCAACAGAUGGUCAACAGUUUGGGAACAUCCGAAGGGUUUUUGACAGAUUACGGAAACGCCGCUAAACCCGUUCCGGUUCCUCAAUACUAUGAUCAACAUCAAGGACAGAUGGUGAAUGAUGGAUCAGGUAAUUUUUAUGCCCCCGCCACGUCAGCUUCAUCAAUGAUGAACAUGAACACGAACACGAACACGGUAAAUUUAUCGGCGUUACAAAGGACAAAUUCGUCCUUGGUGGUCAACCAGUCAACUGAUCAUCAGCCUGCAAACAUGAAUCAAUCUGAAGAGAUGGACUUCAGGAACACCAUGCAUUCACAACAGCCUCUUCACUUUCAGCAACAAGUUAUUCAACCUCAAAGACAACAAAAACAACAGAAUCAGCGAUUCCAAUACGGGCAGAAUCAGAAUCAAGUAAUCUCCGAUAUGGGAAAUCGAAUAAAGUCUGAGCCUGGAAUGGAAUCUGUACAGCCACCACAAGUCUAUGAACAGUUCCAGUCAUCUAUCUCUCAAGAUACGCGUUUACCACUGCCCGAAACUUCCGGGCAGCAACAACAGCCUAACUUUGGAGGUCAACAAGAGGCAGGUCAAUGGCAGUCAAGAUCUCAAGGUGUCUUGUCAAAUGAGGUGAAAAGACCAAUAGACCCUCCAGAUACUACACCUGUAUCUAGAUCUGGUAAUUUAGACCGUGAAGUACAAUUCAAGAAUCAAAAAAGGUGGUUGUUGUUCUUGAUGCAUGCCCGAAAAUGCCCUCAUCCGCCCGGAAGCUGCCCGGAAUCGAAUUGCAUCACUGCUCAAAAGCUGCUGAAUCAUAUUCCAACAUGUAUGGAUGUAAAUCAAUGUCCAUAUCCUCGUUGUCAUAGGACAAAAAAGUUACUCCAUCAUCAUAGAAAGUGUAGGGAUCAAACAUGUCCCGUUUGUGUCCCUGUGAAGCUCUUUGUACGGAAGGGCGUACAGGGGCAAAAUAGUAAAAACAUGAAUGCAUCUGUUGUUCAAACUUCAGAAGAUUUACAUCCGUCCAUGAAACGAAUGAAGAUUGAGCAACAGCCAUGUCAGUCGCCAGCUGGACAGGCCGAAAACCCGAUAACAUCAUCGGGUCCCACUUCCACUCCCACUCCCACUCCCACUCCCACUCCCAUCGCUACCAGUACAUCUGAAGUUUUACAGGAUGUAAAGCGGGUCCCACCUCAAGAGGUUACCGUGGUGAAAAUGGAAGUUCCUGUAACUUCUGUUCAAGAAAGUCUUAAGAUCGGUACUGAUGUUCCUUCAGUCAUGUUAAAUGAUGCGGGCCCGGCCAAACAAGAAAAUGACGAAAUCACCCCUGGAACAAAAUCCGGGAAGCCAAAAAUAAAAGGGGUAUCGAUGACAGAAUUGUUUACACCAGAGCAGGUUCGGGAGCAUAUAACCGGUCUCAGGCAGUGGGUUGGCCAGAGUAAAGCAAAGGUAGAAAAGAAUCAAGCAAUGGAGCUAUCGAUGAAUGAAAAUUCAUGUCAGUUAUGUGCGGUUGAAAAGCUAAAUUUUGAACCACCUCCUAUAUAUUGUUCACCAUGUGGGGCCCGCAUAAAAAGAAACGCGAUGUUUUACACAAUUGGAAGUGGUGAUACACGUCACUAUUUUUGUAUACCCUGUUAUAAUGAAGCACGUGGGGACACUGUAACUGUUGAUGGAACUAAUAUCUUGAAAGCAAGAUUAGAAAAAAAGAAGAAUGAUGAGGAGACUGAAGAACCGUGGGUUCAAUGUGACAAAUGUGAAGCGUGGCAGCAUCAAAUAUGUGCUUUAUUUAAUGGAAGAAGAAACGAUGGGGGACAAGCGGAAUACACGUGUCCAAAUUGUUAUAUGGAAGAGGUUGAGAAUGGGGAGCGGGUCCCACUACCUCAAAGUGCACUUCUUGGAGCAAAAGAUUUGCCAAGAACUAUUCUUAGUGAUCAUAUUGAGAACAGAUUGUUUAAGAGAUUGAAGCAGGAAAGACUAGAUAGGGCUAGGUUUCAUGGGAAAAGUUAUGAUGAGGUUCCUGGAGCAGAAUCACUUGUUGUGAGAGUUGUUUCAUCUGUCGACAAAAAACUGGAAGUGAAACCGAGGUUUCUUGAGAUCUUUCAAGAGGAAAAUUACCCCUCGGAAUUUGCAUAUAAAUCUAAGGUGGUUUUAUUAUUUCAAAAAAUCGAAGGGGUAGAAGUGUGUUUAUUUGGGAUGUAUGUACAAGAAUUUGGAGCAGAAUGUGAACAACCAAAUCAUCGACGUGUUUAUCUGUCUUAUUUGGAUUCAGUCAAAUACUUUAGACCCGAAAUAAGAACAGUAACAGGGGAAGCCUUACGUACAUUUGUAUAUCAUGAAAUUUUAAUCGGUUAUUUAGAAUACUGCAAAUUACGUGGUUUCACAAGUUGCUACAUCUGGGCAUGUCCUCCAUUAAAGGGUGAAGAUUAUAUCUUAUAUUGUCAUCCAGAAAUCCAAAAAACACCAAAAUCCGAUAAACUAAGGGAAUGGUAUUUGUCGAUGUUGAGAAAGGCUACAAAGGAGAAUAUUGUGGUGGAUCUUACGAAUUUAUAUGAUCAUUUUUUUGUGUCUUCUGGUGAAUGUAAAGCUAAAGUUACUGCAGCUCGUUUGCCUUAUUUUGAUGGUGAUUAUUGGCCUGGAGCUGCUGAAGAUAUUAUUUACCAGCUUAGACAAGAAGAAGAAGGAAGGAAAUUAAAUAAAAAAGGUGCAAUGAAAAGAACCAUAACAAAAAGAGCUUUGAAAGCUUCGGGUCAAAUGGAUCUUUCUGGAAACGCUUCAAAAGAUCUCCUUCUCAUGCAUAGGCUUGGUGAAACCAUAUCCCCAAUGAAGGAAGAUUUCAUAAUGGUUCACUUACAGCAUGCAUGCACUCAUUGCUGUCUCCUUAUGGUCUCUGGAACACGUUGGGUUUGCAACAAUUGCAAAAAUUUCCAGCUUUGCAACAGUUGUUAUGAGAUUGAACAAAAUAUUGAGGAGAGAGAAAAACAUCCUAUUAACCAAAGGGUCAAACAUCCACUUUAUCCCGUUGAGAUUAACGAUGUGGCUACGGAUACGAAGGAUAAAGAUGAGAUUCUUGAGAGUGAAUUUUUUGAUACGAGACAAGCGUUUCUGAGUCUAUGCCAAGGAAACCAUUAUCAAUAUGACACGUUAAGACGUGCUAAACAUUCUUCAAUGAUGGCAUUGUAUCAUCUCCACAAUCCAACAGCGCCUGCGUUUGUGAUCACAUGUGUUGCAUGUCGGUUGGAUAUAGAAACCGGGCAGGGCUGGAGGUGUGAGAUCUGCCCGGAUUAUGAUUUGUGUAACGCGUGUUAUAGAAAAGAUAGAGGAAUCGAUCAUCCUCAUAAGUUGACACAUCAUCCUUCCAUUGCUGAACGUGAUGCACAAAAUAAAGAAGCCCGACAACUUCGAGUUGUCCAGCUUCGGAAAAUGCUUGAUCUUUUGGUGCAUGCGGCUCAAUGUCGGGCACAGUUAUGUCAGUAUCCAAAUUGUAGGAAGGUGAAGGGGCUUUUCAGACAUGGAAUGCAUUGCAAAGUACGUGCUUCUGGUGGUUGUCUUCUUUGCAAGAAAAUGUGGCAUCUUCUUCAGCUUCAUGCAAGAGCUUGUAAAGACACUCCAUGCAAUGUCCCCCGUUGCAGAGACUUGAGGGAACAUUUGAGAAGGCUGAAUCAACAGGCCGACAGUAGGAGGAGGGCGGCGGUUAUGGAGAUGAUGAGGCAGCGUGCGGCGGAGGUUGCUGGCGGCAGUGGCUGAUGGAUGGAUGGAUGGAUGAGUCAUCAAACUGUAAAUAUAACAACAACAUAUUUGGAUGAGUCAGGGUCUCAAUGUACAGUUUUGGUUGUUUUGCUUUGCUUGAUUGGAUCAAAGUUCAACUAUAAUUUUGGCUGCUGAAAAGAGUGCCUACAGUACAGUCACAGACAAGACUAUUUCUUCAAGGUUUCAGCAACUUAAUUUAGGAUUUUUUUUAUGGAGAAUAUGAAACAUCAAAGAAACUUUUUUUUUUUUUUGGUUUCUUCCUUGGGUUUUUGUUAGGUCGUGCAAAUAUGUUAUGAUACAAACUCACUUCGAUAGGUUACCAUCCAUUUGUUUUACAGUGACUAAUUUAUUUUUUAGGCUUCAUCAGUAAUUUGCUUAAUUUUUUCUAA